AUGAGUCAGAGAACAUUGAAUAUUAGAUCCACUGCCGGACUCCCUUCCAAGGUGGCCUUGAAUUCCAGCAGAACGUCCCCGUUCCAUUGUGCUUCUUCGGCGUUGGAGAGUGUAAGGGCUUGUGGAGCUUCUUCCAUGUUGUAUGUGGUGGAUGUGAAGUCAGCGGAUGAAGGAGCCUAUGUCAGAAUUGGGUCUGUUAGGUGUGAGGAUUGUGUUUUGGAGGUCUACCCCUUGAUUGGCUUGAGCUGGGACGAGUGGCCGGGCAUGUCCAUUUUGAUCCGAUCAGAUAAGAUUGCCGCGACCCGCCACCCGACACGCGCACCAGCCAAUCGGAUGCCGAGACGGACCGGCUUCCGCGGAAUUCCACCGCUGAUGCUUACUCAAUAUUUGCAAGUCGGACCAUCUACUCCGCCUAUGAUCGUGGUUCGGGGCACUGGGGAAAAGAACUCUCCCUCGGCCUAG